AUGUUUUCUUGGGGGAAAUCCUCGCGGUCUAUACACCGGGUUGUUUUUGAUGUUCAUCGCCUCAGCUCUCGCCCGUUGUUCAACAAAUCACAACCUUCCUUUGUCUCAUCAUCACCAUCUUCUUCUUCUCCUUCUUCUUCUUCCUCUUCUUCUUCCUCUUCUUCUUCCUCUUCACUCAGCUCAUCAGUAGGUAGGUUUGGCUCUGAUGGCAACUACAACGGCAGAUCAGGCUCCAGUGAAGAUACUUUUAAUUUCUUCCUGAGAUCGGUUUCUUCAGGGGUUCUGAUUCUUGGGACCAGUAUAGGCUUUUCUUAUCUGGAUCCGAACUCCUUUGUGUCUUUUGCUGAUAAUUGUCCGAAAGAGGCAACGGCAUGGGCAAUCGGGGAUGACCAAAAUAAAGCUCAGUUUUCCCUAUUUGGAGAUUCAUAUAGGAGAAGAGUUUUCUUCAUGUACGAAAAACGGAUCAGAGAUCAAAGUCCUCCUGAGAAGGUAUUUGAGUACUUUGCAUCGGUUAAAAACCCAGCAGGAGAGGCGUUUAUGACUCCGGCAGACUUGAUGAGAGCAGUUGUUCCUGUAUUUCCUCCCUCCGAAUCAACCCGUGUCAGAGAGGGCUCUUUGAGAGGGGAGAAGGUUCCUGGCCAGUUGCAUUGUGCUCCUUCCAAAUUCUUUAUGCUUUUCGACACCGACGGUGACGGCCUCAUUUCUUUUCCCGAGUUCAUCUUCUUCGUCACCCUCCUCAGCAUCCCCGAGGCAAGCUUUACGGUGGCAUUUAAAAUGUUUGAUCUUGACAACAGCGGAGACAUUGAUAGGGAGGAGUUUAAUAAAGUCAUGUCUUUGAUGAGAUCUCAAAGCAAACAAAACAAGGAUGGCCAUAGGCUCAAAGUUUCUGUAGAUGACGGAGGCCUACUUGAGUACUUCUUUGGCAAAGAUGGCAAAAAAAGUCUCAAACAUGAAACAUUUGUUAAGUUUUUCAGGGAUUUACACGAUGAAAUGUUGCGCUUGGAGUUUUCUCAUUAUGACUACAAAGAACAAGGAACCAUAUCAGCUAAAGAUUUCGCAUUGUCCUUGGUUGCGUCUGCUGAUAUCAGUGAUACAAACAAGUUGCUUGAUCGGGUUGACGAAUUGGACAACGAUCCACGUCUCAAAGACAUAAAAAUCACAUAUAAGGAAUUUAAAGAUUUCGCAGAGCUUCGAAAGAAUUUGCAGUCCUUCUCUCUUGCCAUUUUCAGUUACGGAGAAGUGAAUGGGGUGUUGACAAAAAAAGAUCUCCAGAGGGCCGCUUCCCAAGUAUGCGGCAUCUCUGUUCCUAACAAUGUGAUUGACAUAAUAUUCCAUGUGUUUGAUGCAAAUGGCGAUGGUGAUUUGAGUGCAAAUGAGUUCGUAAGAGUUUUACAACGACGUGGAGGUGAAGUCUCAGAGACAGGCUUCAGGGGACUUCUAUCUUGCUGGUUAAACUGUGCCACUAUAUUUGGUCAGCAAAGCUGCACCUUUAGUUUCUAAGAUUAUACCUGAAUUACCCUUCAGCUUACAUAAGCAAUGUAAAUGCCUCUAAUCUUGCGUUGGAGUUGAAAGGAUGCUGUUAGAAUC